GCGCGCGGCCCGCCAGGCCCCGCCCACACUGCACCUCCUGCAGGCAGGACUCACGCAUCAGUAAUUAGCGGCGCGAGGCGGCGAAGAAGUCCCGCGGUGCCGAGUGCCAGCCGCCGCCGCCGCCGCCGCCCCGCGACAUGCUGGUGCCCGUGGAGCUGCAGGGCGCGCAGGCCCGCGUGCUGCACCAAGUCAACAAGUACGCCAGCGAGCGCGUGGCCGCGCGCCGCGCCGCGGUGGCCAAGAGCCUACGGGAGGUAGCCAAGGUGGUGCAGGACGUGCUGAAGGAGGUGGAGGUGCAGGAGCCGCGCGUCAUCUCUUCCCUGGCGGAGGUGAACGGCCGCUUCGAGGGCUUCACGGUGCUCUCGCCCACGGAGUUCGAGGCGGUGCUCUACCUCAACCAGAUGGGGGAGUUCAACUUCGUGGACGACGGCUCCAUCCCCGGCAGUGCCGUGCUCAAGCUGAGCGACGGACGCAAGCGGUCCAUGUCCCUGUGGGUGGAGUUCAUCACAGCCUCGGGCUAUCUGUCUGCCCGCAAGAUGCGCUCGCGCCUGCACACGCUGGUGGCGCAGAGCGUGGAUAAGUGCACGUACCGCGACGCCGUACGCAUGGUGGGCGACACCAGCGAGGUGCGCCUCCGCGUGCGGGACCGCUACGUGGUGCAGAUCACGCCCGCCUUCAAGUGUUCGGGCGUGUGGCCGCGCUCAGCCGCCCACUGGCCCUCGCCCCACGCCCCCUGGCCGCCGCCUAGCCUGGUGGCCGAGGUCAAGACGGAGGGCUUCGACCUGCUCAGCAAGGAGCCGCCCGCUGGGGGGCGCGCCGCGGGCGGCCUGGAGAGCGACGCCUGGGCCUUGUCCUUCAGUGACGCCGAGAACCGCCUGCUGUACGGCGCGGGGCGACGCCGCGCCCUGGCCAUCCUGAAGACCCUGCGGGACCGCCACCUGGACCUGCCAGGGGAGCCCGUGCCCGCGUACGCCGUGAAGACGCUGCUGCUGUACGAGUGUGAGAAGCACCCGCGGGAGGGGGAGUGGGAGGAGGGCGUGCUGGGGGACCGCCUGGUGGGCGUGCUGCUGCAGCUCAUCACCUGCCUGCAGUGUCGCCGCUGCCCCCACUACUUCCUGCCCUCCAUUAACCUGCUGCGCGGCGCGUCGCCCCCAGCCCUGGAGGCCGCCUCCAAGCAGGCGUGGCGCCUCACCAGGGAGCUGCUCACCAACCCAAAGAGUCUGGAGAAGCUCUAGUGGCGCCCAUCCCCGCCCCCCGCCACCCCGCCCCGCGACGGCCGCCCCUGCUGCUGCUGCUGCUGCUGCUGCUGCCGCUGCCGCCCCGCCCCGCCCCACAGUCCGCCGCCGCCGCCGCCGCGCCGUGUGUCAGCUCUCCCAGAUUAUAUUAUAAUUAUUAUCAUUAUUAUUAUUUAUGGCGCCGCCGUGGCGCUGCUGUGUUAAGCUGUGAUAUCUUUGAGUUAUGUGCGUAGUGAAGGUGUACAUAGCGUGUGCGUGUGUGUCCGUGUGCGUGCGUGCCGGCGCGUCGUGUGUGCGGGGGUGCGCGUGGGGUGCUGCCCAGGCCCGCCCACCGCCCACGCCCGUGUCGCGGUGGGCGGCGCGGUCAGGGUGCCAGCGUGGGGUGGCCCGGCGCCUGUGUGUGCGUGCGUGUGUGUGAGACACCCCGCCCCGCGUGCACGCCGCCCCUGACGUGUCACCAUUACUGUGUACCCAAAGUGUACUCCCCUCCCCCUGUGUACUGCCCUGUGUACCCCAAAGUGUGCCCUGUGUACCCCCACGCUCUGUGUACCCCAAAGUGUACCUCUCCCUCACCUGUGUAGCCUAGACGCGACUGUAGCAGAGAAGUGACCCUGUGUAGUCCAGUGGUACCCCCUUGUAGCCAAGUGUGACUCCUGUGACCCUCCCUCUGUGACCCCCUUGUGACCUCACCUCUAGACCCCACAGUGACCUCAGUCCCCCCAACACCAGCGACCUUUCCCCUCCCCCCACACUUGAUAGUAAUAACAAUGAUAGUAAUAACAGUAGUAAUAAUGAUCAAAUAAAACGUGUACGAUGAUAAGA